UCUUUGGGAGAUAGUCACGUCCUCCUGAAUACCUUGUGCUGGUGCUGCCAUCGGAAAAUUUGGUUACACUCCGGGGAGGCCUGCUGCCACGGCGGGACUGAACCCCCGCAGCCCUGAGAUGAGUGUCCGGCCUGCGCGGGGCACACCAUGAAUAGAUACACCACAAUCAGGCAACUUGGGGAUGGGACCUACGGUUCCGUCCUGCUGGGAAGAAGCCUCGAGUCUGGAGAGCUGAUCGCGAUUAAAAAAAUGAAAAGAAAGUUUUAUUCCUGGGAGGAAUGCAUGAACCUUCGGGAGGUCAAGUCUUUAAAGAAGCUCAACCAUGCCAAUGUAGUAAAAUUAAAAGAAGUUAUCAGAGAAAAUGAUCAUCUUUAUUUUAUUUUUGAGUACAUGAAGGAAAACCUAUACCAGCUCAUUAAGGAAAGAAAUAAAUUGUUUCCUGAGUCUGCUAUAAGGAAUAUCAUGUAUCAGAUAUUACAAGGUCUUGCAUUUAUUCACAAACAUGGCUUCUUCCAUCGCGACCUAAAGCCUGAGAACCUCCUCUGCAUGGGACCAGAGCUGGUAAAGAUCGCAGACUUUGGGUUGGCUCGAGAGAUCCGAUCAAGACCUCCAUACACAGACUAUGUAUCCACCCGAUGGUACCGGGCCCCGGAAGUGCUCCUGAGGUCCACCAACUAUAGCUCCCCCAUUGAUAUCUGGGCCGUAGGCUGCAUCAUGGCUGAAGUGUACACCCUCAGGCCUCUCUUCCCUGGGGCCAGCGAAAUUGACACCAUCUUCAAAAUUUGCCAAGUGUUGGGGACACCGAAAAAGACGGACUGGCCUGAAGGCUACCAGCUGUCCAGUGCUAUGAACUUCCGCUGGCCCCAGUGUGUCCCCAAUAACUUAAAGACCCUGAUUCCGAACGCCAGCAGCGAAGCGGUCCAGCUGCUGAGAGACAUGCUGCAGUGGGACCCCAAGAAACGGCCAACAGCUAGUCAGGCACUCCGUUAUCCCUACUUCCACAUCAGGCACCCGCUGGGCAGCAUCACUCAGAGCGGAGAGGACCCAGGAAAGACGCAGAAGGACCUCCUGGAAAAAACAGGCGGCCUGCCUCCUCACGUCAAACCCGUCCCUCCGGCCCAGCCCCCAACCAAGCCACAGACGCGGCUCCCUGCCCGACAGCACCAUGCCAGCCAGCCCUCCCAGCAUCUCUCCUACUCCUACAAAGCAGAGGCCCCCGGGGCAGGCCACCCCGUCCACGCUCCCGAGAACAAGCCCAGCCCGCUGCUCUUCCCAUCCCUGCAUGCCAAGAAUCCUCAUUUGACGCAGAAGAUCCUAACUGGCCUGGAGCCCAAAAAUGGUGAGAUGAAGCCAAAGAGCCGGAGACGGUGGGGUCUCGUGUCCCGGUCCACCAAGGAUUCGGACGAGUGGGCCGACUUGGAUGACUUGGAUUUCAAUCCGUCGUUCACCAGGAUCGACGUAAAGAACAAGAAACGACAGACGGACGAGGCGCUCUGCAGGUUUGAAAGUGUUCUGGACCUGAAGCCCCCGGAGCCCGUGGGCACGGGAAACAGUGCCCCAUCCCAGACGUCCUACCAGAGGCGAGACACGCCCACCCUGCGAUCCGCAGCCAAGCAGCACUACUUGAAGCAUUCCCGAUACCUGCCUGGAAUAAAUAUAAGAAAUGGCAUCCUCCCAAAUCCCGGCAAGGAUUUCAUUCCAUCGAAUCCGUGGUCUAGUUCUGGGUUGUCUGGAAAAUCUUCAGGGACCGUGUCAGUCAUCAGCAAAAUGAAUUCUGUAGGUUCCGGCUCCCCGAGUUCCAGCGGACUGACAGGAAACUACAUCCCUUCCUUUCUGAAAAAAGAGAUAGGUUCUGCUGUGCAGAGGGUACACCUGGCGCCCAUUCCAGACCCUCCCCCUGGUUAUUCUUCUCUCAAGGCUGUGAGACCUCAUCCUGGGAGACCUUUUUUCCACACCCAGCCUAGAAGCACUCCUGGGUUGGUGCCCCGGCCUCCGGCUGCCCAGCCAGUGCACGGCCGGACGGACUGGGCUUCCAAGUAUGCAUCUCGGCGGUGACUCACGGACUCACGGGGCAGAACGCCGGACUCUGCUGUGGGCCCACUGGUGUUUCACCCGCAAAGAACUCUCGGAGGAUGUCAGAGUGAAUGGACACUUUAUAGUUAUUCUUCAGAACUAAGACAUUUCAAUAUUCUUUUUAAGGGUCUUUUUUUUUAAAUAUUGAUUUAAAUGCAAUACCCUUUUUUGUACAAAAUUAUUUUGUUCUAAAACUGGGUCCCCUUAUUUUCUUAAACAACAGCAUUUUGUAUAUAUGGAUUAUGUUUGAGCAUUUUCUACAGUUAGCUUUGUAACAAAAUUUUUAAAGAUUAAUUGAUUUUCCUUUGGGGUUCCAGAUAAUAUUUUAUACAGAUUUAAAAAAAGAAACAACAUAAUAUUGAUGCAGUAUUGCAACAGGGGUGCAAUUUAAGGCUACGUGGUAAAACCUUCUUUAUUCAAGGUGUGCGGAUAUUUGUAAAGUGCUUAAAAUUUACUUUAUUUUUUUUUGAAGUAGUUAUGUUUUAAAUGUGGCACAUAGGUACCUCAGUCUUCCUUGAACUGACAAGUUCACUAGAAAAAAUGAUCUUUUCCUUUUCUUAGUAUUCUAUUACUGAUUUGAUUUCUUUGAAAUCACUCUGCUGUUCUAAAAGAACUCAUAUGUAGUUCUCUUCAUUUUGCUUUUGUUCCCCAGAUAAAAGAAGUCUAAAUAAAGGUUUGAGAGGAUUUUUUUCGACACCCUUUCUGCUGUUUGGAGCCAUCUCAUAAAGCCAAACUCUAUCAUACGAUGCUAGAUUCGUUUUCUUCCAUCUUUAAGAUCGAGUUGUAAAAGUUCCCACAAAAAGUUUUUCAAGUUAAAAGGAUCCCUGGCAUCCUGGCCAACAUACUCAGUUUAACUUGGAUCCCUGUCUAGGUUCAUGAAAAAGCUAAAUUUCCAAGCAGCAGUCAGUCUAUAUAUUUUUUUUAUAAUAACUGGUAUGAUUUUAUAUUCAAUUCAGUUCUCCGGGUCUAGUUAAGAACAAACAAUCGACUCCGGCCAAAUUCUCAGGGCAAUCUGGGGAGCAGAAAAAAAUUUAUGACAGAGGUUUCUCUCUCUGGGACAUCACCAUUACCCAGAUGUCGGGGUCCAUAGUGUGCCACACUUGACUCUUACCCCUUGUGUAGUUUCUUUCCACCGUCAAAACUCUAUUUGUUAGACAGAGGCAAGUCCACUGAGAGGAAUGUUUACAGCAAUUUUGAAAACGACAAAGCUAGUAUGGAUACAGGAAAGGACAAAAGGUCCGCACUUCGAGCAUCUCUGUAGAGCAUGUUGGCCACCACACACAAUUUCCUUAAAGGCAAGAGAGGAGGUCAGUCAUUGAACACAAUGGUGUCAAAACAUCCUCGCAGGGUGACUCUAGCUGCUCUUCUGCUUCGCUCCCAGGCUUCAGGAUGGAACAAGUUGAAGUUGUAUGAAAUUAUCAUUUUCAUAGAUUAACAUGAACAUCAUCAGCACAUGGAUUAUGGCUCAGCCUGACAAUUUGGUCCAGUACUGUUUUGAUGUAUUAAUUGUGUAUUUCAACCUAAAUAAAUCCCCGAGAGCCAUAUCCUAAAACCAGAGAGCCGUUCGUGCUUUAGACAGUCUGGCUCAAGAAUGCCCUUGAACAACCACUUGGAUUCCUGGGGGCCUGAGAAAAGCACACAGUGGGUGUGGAUUUGCUAGGUAAUCUUUUCCUGUUAGCAAACUGGCAGCAGAAUUUCAGAAAAUAAAUAUGUACAUGAAAGCACAACUUGAAGCUGAAUUUAUUUCUGUAUUAUAUUCUCCGCUCAUCUAAAAAACACAGGAAAAAAUGUUUUCAGAGAUGAGUUCUUUACUAUGAGACUAACAAUAUUUAUUUUCCUUUUUUGUAUUAUGUAUAAAAAAGUAAUUUAAUCUGAAACUUUCCCAUUAUUGUUCUGGUUUUAGGCUGGUUUAAACUAUAAAUACCCAAUAGAGAAUGAAGUAGAUUGUGGGUUCCCUAUUCUUCACAUUCUACCUUAUGUUCAGAUGAUUACAGUUACACAUUAUCAAUUUUUUCCCUAAAACUUUAAUAGGACCCAAACUCAGAAAAUACUUCACUCUUCUUCAUUUCACUCUUCUCUCUCUUCAUCAGCAAACAACUUCCCUUGGGGAAGUAUCUAACAUUUAUUUAUUGAAAACUCGUGAUGCUGAUAAGCAGCUGAGAAAACUAGAAGACUGAAAACACAAUGUAAACGUUAGAGAAUUAGUAAGAGCCCAUGAAGUACUUCUCCCCCAGAAGGGGCACAGGGCAGAUUGUGUGUACAUGCUGUAUACUACAGAAGGGAUUUUUAUAGUGACCAUUUUUUGUUCAGUAAAAAUAACAUUUUACCAGUUGCAUAUAUAGUUUUAGUAACUUCAAAAUGAAAAGGUACUGCGAGACACCAGUAGCAAUGAUGCAUUAUAAACUGUACCUCUCCAUCACUGUACCUCAUUUCUGGUCUAAAAGCUUUCCAGGAAGACAAGGGCUGGCUUUCAUUCUAUACCCCCAAAGGUUUAGAGACCAGGGUGGGGUGUUGAGGAAUGCAUGUGUACACAGCAGGGAAGGCCACCUGGGCACAAAAGCUACUCUUGUGUGAUCAUUAUUUUAUAAUAAAGUUCCAUUACUGACUAGACCCUCACCCAGUUUAUGUUGGAUAGAUUUUAGCAGGAAGAAAAUUAAUGUUCAGUUUUUAGACCCUCUGUAGUUUGAAGGACUGUAUACAUCUAAUCAAUUGAUGCUGUGUUAUUUUCCAGAGUUAUCAGAGCUGGGGUACAAAGAAAGAUAGAGAGUGAGUGAGAGAGAGAAAGAGAAACUAUAACCAAGGCAACGUGUGUCAUAUAAAAAAAAAUACGUUCUUUUGUUUUUCAUUACAAAUACUGGUACUGUUGGAAUUCAUGGGCACCAUGCUUUCUCAUGAAAUAGCAUCUCCCUACCAUCAUGCCAUUGUUUUGUGCCAUUUAGAAGAGAGAAAGAAUGCAGGCUUUGUGUUUCAGCUCAGUGUAUGACCAAAAGCAAUAUGUUUGUUCAUAUGAAAAUGUUUAACAUGAUGCAUAUUUUAUAUCACUUAAGGCAUACUGUAGCAAUUUGUUUGUUUGAUAUGUCUGGUCAAUUUUUAGAAUUAUUUUUACAAUUUCCAACCAAAGUACUGUAUUUUAUAUAUGAUUGAUUUUGAGUACCUUCUCUUGGGAACUAUUAAGAGGACAAACUGGAGGCAUAUAUCACAUUAAUCUGUAUUAUCAGUUUCUUAAAGACACUGCAGUGUGAGUUAAAAAUGUCCUGAACAGUUUUCUGAUGUGAGAUCUUGCAGCACAGAUAACAAUGAAAUCUCGUCUUGAUCACCAGAGAGUAACUGGGACAAAGCAAAAUAUUCAUUGAAAUGGGAGCAUAGGAGGACAGAAAGCCACUUAGGCAAAUCCCUUCUGAAAUAAAAUGUUGCUUUUUGAUUAGUUUCUCCUAAUGUAUUUUAAAAAAAGAAGAAGAAUGUUAACUUAAGAAAAAUUCUCCUGUUCCAAAUAAAAAGUAACAAUUUAA